UCUAAACGACUAGAAAUGUCAAUCUGAGCAAGGGAGUCCCAAUAAUCUAAAGCAAUCUGUAAGGACCUGACCUUAGUCCAUCCAGAUCAAUAGGGAAGUGAGGGUGGAAAGAAGAAGACAGAGGAAGAAAUAAGGGGCGCAACCGGAUCGUUUACACUGGCUGUUCCCGAGGAAAUAUAGACUUCCCUUGCUUGCACCUUUUGUUGCUCACAUGCUCACACUGUAAAAGUGGAUAUCGAGGCAAUUCCCUUGCUUUGUGUGAUCGCAGCAGACUUUUUCCCUCCCUUUUCCUACCACCAUGUCUUUCCCGCAGCUGGGAUAUCAGUACAUCCGACCGAUAUACCCGCCGGAGCGCCAGGGGAUCGCCAGCAAUGCCCGGUCCGGGACAGAGCUCAGUCCGUCCGGCGCGCUCUCCAACGUCCUCUCAACCAUGUAUGGAUCUCCUUUCGCCGCAGCAGCGCAGGGCUAUGGAGCGUUUCUGCCCUACUCGAACGAAAUAUCAAUUUUCAAUCAAUUGGGUGCUCAGUAUGAACUAAAAGACAGUCCCGGGGUCCAGCACCCAGGGUUUGCCCAUCAUCACCCUGCUUUUUACCCAUAUGGCCAGUAUCAGUUUGGUGACCCGUCCAGACCCAAAAACGCCACCCGGGAGAGCACCAGCACCCUGAAGGCCUGGCUUAGCGAGCACCGCAAGAACCCCUACCCCACCAAAGGCGAGAAGAUCAUGCUGGCCAUCAUCACCAAAAUGACCCUCACCCAGGUGUCCACUUGGUUCGCCAACGCCAGGAGGAGGCUAAAGAAGGAGAACAAGAUGACCUGGGCACCACGGAACCGGACAGACGAAGAGGGGAAUGUUUAUACGAGCGAUCACGAGGGGGAGGAGGGCGACAAGAGGGAGGACGAGGAGGAGAUCGACCUGGAGAACAUCGACACGGAGAAUAUCGAGAACAAGGACGACUUGGACGACCAAGACGACCUGCAUUCAGAUCUUAAACUAGACGGGAGGAGUGACUCUGAGAUUUCUGACGGCUAUGAGGAUUUACAAGGGCCUGAGCAGAGGUUUCUAAAAGCGGUGGCGAAGGAGAGCAAGGACGUGGAGAGAGGAGGAGAGCACUUCCACAGCCACCACCAUCACCAUCAUCUUCACCACGCGUCUUUGGACACCAAAGCGUCACAACCAAACGGGGAACCCCUCAAACUGAACCCCGUGUCCGUGAACUCACCCCCCUCAGAAAACAACCCUGCCCCGGCCCAGAAGCCAAAGAUCUGGUCUUUGGCAGAGACAGCCACUGCCCCUGACAAUCCGCGGAAAUCGCCACAAAUGAACGGCAGCAACUCCGCAGGGCCGGCCGCGCAGACCAUAAUCGCCCCACACAGACUAAUCUCUUCUUGUCCUGUUGGAAAAAUCCAGAACUGGACGAACAGAGCAUUCUCGGCACACCAGCUGGCUUUACUGAACUCAAACCAUUAUCUUGGACUGGCAAACCAGGCCUCUGCAGCCGGCCUGGCCCUCUACAGCAGCAGGCAAACGGAGGACAAGAGUCAUAGUUCAGAGACUGCAGUCACAGGUACAUGUCCCCGACACUGAGACGCGCAUGUGUAAAUAACUACAGAGACAAAGACACUAUAGUCCAUUGCCUGUCAUUAAUUCCUCUAUUUGUAGACACCCUUUUGCAUUUUUUUUCCCUGUCAAAACAUUGUUUUUGUUUUUUAGGCCACACAGAUGAACAGUGUUACAAUAAUAGAGCUUGUGUGUGUGAUGUGUGCGCGCGCGCGCGCGUGUGUGUGUGUGUGUGUGUGUGUGUGUGUGUGUGUGUGUGUGUGUGUGUGUGUGUGUGAAUCUGCGUAGAUAAAGGUCCGAGAGGAUAGUUAAAACCUCACCAGAAAGCAUUUAAGAAUAAAAAAGUCUUAUAUUGAGUUGGGUGAAAACUGUUCUUAAUAUUUGUGGCCCUUCUGUACUUUAUUUGUUAUAUGAUAUUAAGGCCCACGUGCUUGGGUUCAAUGGUUUACAAAAAUCCCUAAACACAUUUUCAACACUGAAAGCCAGGAUGGGCUCUGAUGAUAAUUAUUGCGUUUUAAUUUUCUGUUUUCAUUUCCAUCGCCACACUUUCAUAGAAAGAUCUAGUGCCUUUGGAUGCAGAAACAAAGUUGUUAAAAACAGCUUUCCACCCAGUUCAAAGAUAGUGAGGCUGUCAAUUAGUGACAUCUGGGAAUUUUCCUUUUUGAUGCCAUAUCACAUUUUUCUUUUCCAAACGCCACAUUUACCCAAAUUAGCUUUUAUUGUCAGAUUUGUUUUAUCCUUGUGCGUGUGUGUGCGCUUGUGUUUUUUUCCGUCAAGGCCUAUGUUACACUUACUUGUUUGGUCAUGCAAAUGAGCUCAAUGCAAAUUCACUACAGACUCGUUUUUGAAAGGCAAUUGUCACUUUUAUAUCACUUUGUGUUUUAGCUCUUCACGAGGCUAUUAUUAGUGUUUAUUUUUUUGUUUGUUUUAGAUCUUUUUUUUUUUUUUUUACCCCUGAUUAUUUCAGGCCUAAGAACCAUCUAAAAGCAACGUUGUUCUCUCGGUCCUCUCCUCUAAAUAACCUUCCACCCAUCCUCUUUUUUCCUUUAUUUUAAUUUGAAUAUGGAAUGUAAAAUAAGAAUAAUACAUCUCUGUAUAC